ACCAGGAUUGUUAGCACCGAAACCAGACCCUCUGUUUAGGGAAAGCAAUGGCGGUUAUGCAGAGUCGCAACUGUUUUUACGGUUCAAAGUCUCCGUGUCUGUGAUAAACAAUAACUACCUUAAAAGAUUGGUUUCAUUUCAUGCAAGCAGGAUCUAACCUUUCUAUUUUUCUCACUAUUCCUCUUAAAGCCACAUUUUUCUCUUGCCUUGAAAAAUUCAUUUCACUCCAUAAAAGUUUCAUUCGAUUGAUUCCCAGUUUUUGCACUUCGAAUUCUUAAUAUUUUCCCUCUGAAAUAAAACUUCCCCAGCUAUUUGAACUCAACUUAUAACUUCUACUUUCUCUGAAUUAUUAUUAUUGAAGCCCUCGUUCUUUCCAGUUUUAAUUUCGUUUCCAUUCAAAAAAUUCUCCCUCCUGGAGAAUUUUCGUCUCAUGAAGGUACCCAGUUUUAUCGAGAAAUAGCUGCCAUUAUAAGUUUUCUUUCUUGCCGAUCACAAUUUCAUUCUUAAUUUCAUUCUCCCUCACGAGAAUUUCCCGAGAAAAAAGUGAAUCAAUGUCGAAGGAAUUCAACGUCCCUUGUGUGGUCUUUCCGUCCGGCGGAAAUCCCGGCCUCAAACAACGCCGUCCAAUGGCGCCGUUUCAGCCCCGAAACUCCAAGACCACUUCCUUCAUGUCAUUCGACGUCGGGUCCGCCGCGCCGACGCCGUUCACGUCCUUGGAAUUCGGGUCGACGUCGAUCAGCAGCAACGUCAGUUCGAACACCAACGUGUUCGACGAACCGCCUCUGCUGGAAGAACUAGGGAUCAACACGAGGCAAAUCUGGAACAAAACAAGCUCGAUCCUGAAUCCGGUCCGCAUAAACCCGAAUCUACACGAUGACGCCGAUCUAUCGGGUCCGUUUCUACUAUUAAUGGCUUUUGGAUUGUUCCAAUUACUGGCGGGGAAGAUCCACUUCGGGAUAAUCUUAGGGUGGGUGACGGUGGCGGCGCUUUUCCUGUACGUUGUGUUCAACAUGCUCGCAGGUCGUAAUGGGACUCUGGAUUUGCACAGGUGCGUGAGCUUGCUGGGCUAUUGUAUGCUUCCCAUGGUGAUUCUAUCGGUUCUCUCCUUGUUCCUUCCUCAAGCUGGUGUAGCCAUCUUCGUCAUCGCCGCCAUUUUUGUGAUCUGGUCCACUCGAGUUUGCACUAAACUCCUGAUCGAAGUCGGCCGGUGGGAUGAACACCGUGGCCUCGUUGCUUAUGCUUGCUUUCUCAUCUACUCCUUAUUUUCGCUUCUCGUCAUAUUCUAAUUCUAUAUACAUAUAUCUUUACACAUAUUUGUAACAUUCAUGAAGAAACUGAUCUGAGAAUUAACUGACAAAAACUUCAUUGUAAACCUCCUUUAACGUAGAAAUAACGCCUAUUUU